AUGUCACCAUCGACAUUCGAUACACUCUCUGAUCACGAUGCUGAAAAACCUAAUCAUAUGAUCUUUUGGCUCGAUGCGUCUAUUGGCAAUCAUAAAGAAUAUAUACAUUUGAAAAAAGCCUUCGCAAGUAAUACUGAUCCACGUCAUGAAACUUGGACAAUGCUCAACGACAAAGAUUAUGACAAGCUACUAGCUGCAACAGAAGCUCAAGAGAUAUUUAUUGACUUGAUAAUGUCAUCCACGUUGUUUUCAACUUCAUGUUUUAUCAGAACGAAGCUAUGUCGUCUCUGUAUUUAUAUUGAUGAUGAUUCCAAUGAACUUUCUGUUGGCACCAACAAUAGUAUACUGCUGAGAGCCGAUACUUGUGAAGCACCAUCGAGUGCGUUCCAAAUUUCACGUUCGAUUCGACUUCAUUUUGAAUCAUUGAUUGAAGAAAAGAAAAAUGCUUCUACUCUUGAUAAUGAUACAAUACCACGAACAAUUCUUCUCAAUAAUAUACUUAAUAUUAAAUUGACAGCAAAAUCAUCGAACGAACCCAAUUCUUCAUCACUAUUGCAGUAUUUCUCAUGGCAUUCUUCUAAACAAAUCAGUAAAAAUCAUGAAACAACUUCGUCCGAAUCGAUUCAAAUUGAUCUCAGUUAUGUUCAUAUUUCUGAAUCAUUCAUCUGGACAGUGAAAAGGCUACAACUCGAAAUGGAUUCCGAAGCUGCUCAUCAAUUCUCUUUGAUAUCAACUGAAUACUUGUCGAAAUUAAAACAUCGACCUCGACAUCUCUUAGCUUUUGUCAAUCCUCAUUCUGGCAAAGGUAAAGGAUCCUCUGUAUACGAGAAAAAAGUAUUACCUUUAUUUGAAGAAGCCAAUAUAAAUGUAAAAACGAUCUAUACAACAUGUGCCAAUCAUGCACGAGAUUAUAUUAGUGAACAAUCACUCGAUGAUUAUGAUGGUCUUGUAUCUGUCGGUGGCGAUGGGAUGUUCUCAGAAUUGUGUCAUGGUCUUCUACUCAAAACGGCAAAACAAGCUAAACUGGAUAUGAAUGAUCCAAAUGUUAAUCUAAUGCGGCCUAAUUUACGUAUAGGCGUCAUUCCAGCUGGAUCUACGGAUGCAAUUGUUUUUGGUACUACUGGUUACAAUGAUCCCAUUACAAGUGCUUUACAAAUUAUCGUCGGUGAAUCUGUUCUCAUCGACAUAGCCACAGUACACAAUGAACAUGGCUUUGUACGUUUAAUGGCAACAAUGUUUUCCUACGGCUUUUUCGGUAAUAUUAUUCAACAAUCUGAUAAUUGGCGACUUUUUGGUCCAUUGCGCUAUGAUUUGGCUGGUUUUUGUCAAUUUCUUCUCAACAGUUCAUAUCAUACAGAAUUGAUUAUCACUCAACCGCCUGAGAAAUGCAAUUCAAAAAUAUUGAUAAAUAAUAUUGAUCGAUAUUUAUUUGGUAAUUCCGUAAAACGACAAGAUCCACUUUGCAAACAAGAUGGUGAAAAAUCUCCCGACAAUCAAACAAUCAAUGAUGUCCAGUCGCCUUUAUCCCGACAGAUCAAACGUGAAGGUCAAUAUAGAACAAUCAAUUGUCUCAACAUGCCUUGUCGUUGUGAAAAAAGCAAAUAUGGAAUGUCUCCAUCUGUUCACAUAGGUGAUGGAUCAUUCGAUGUUGUUCUAGUGAAAAGUUCAUGGCGUUUGGAUUUUUUUCGUUUUCUUCAUCAUGUAGCUAAGGACGGUCGAACAAUUGAUGAUUUGUCAAAUGUUGAACGUUAUCGUGCUACUGAAGUUAUUAUUCGUCCAACUAUUAAUCGACGAAAUAGGUUAGGUAAUUGGGCAUGCGAUGGAGAAUUGAUCACUGCCAAUGAAGUCAGAAUUCGUGCUCACUCUCAAGUACUCAAUCUAUUUGCAUCGGGUAUUCGUCUUGAUCAAAUCAAGAAAAUAAAUGAAGAAGUAUCCAAGUGA